AUGUUUAUAUUUUCCGUCGCUAUCGAGCGAUCAAAUUUUGCUGAAAACUUGGCUCGACUGGUGGAAUUAUAUGGCUUUAGACUGGCUGGUGAACUUCUGCGGAUCGGUCCCACGUUCCACAUUUUGCUAAAGCAUGUUGAGAAUGAACAAGCAGUCGGAACACCCACUGGGUUGGAAGCAGAUGAGUCACUGCUCAUAAGAUUCACAACCACAGCGCAUAGGGAAACCGCCUUCGAGUGUUCCAGAACGACAUAUGCCGAAGUACAAGCGGACAAUUUAAAACCAGGAGCAGACUUCCAGAUUGUUCCGUUCUAA